AUGGCUAUUGAUAUACGUAAAAUAAGUAAUGGAGCUCGUCCAGUACGAUCUGUUUAUCAACAUGGACAUUAUUGUGUUCGUGCAUUUCGUUCUUUUAUGAUAUAUCCAAUUUAUUCAUACUUUUUAAUUUUUAUUAUCUACUUACAAAUAAUGGAUUUAAUACUUUAUUUUAAAAUACGUUCAAGAGGACCAUUCUAUCUAAGCAUUACAACAAUAAAUCAUACAAAUUUGGAUGAAUUUCAUCAAAAAAUGACUGAAACAUCAUACAAUAAUCAUAUAUUUGAUUCAUUAUCAAUCAAAAAAAUUAUGGUUGGACCAAUUGAUUAUGUUCAAAACAAAAAUCAAGUGAUAUUUGAUAGGCAUUUAUUAUCUAACAAAUUAGUAAGAUAUUCUUUAUCGAUAAUUAUGGUGAGACGUAUUGAAGGUACGAUUGACUAUGAUAAACGUAAUGAAGUUCUCAAUGACAAUCAUAAAAUUCUUAUUUAUCUCGAUGAUAUGACAUUGACUGACAUUGCUUCACAAGAUGGUUCCUAUGUACGAAAAUUUCAUACAAUUUCAAAAUUAAUUUUAGAAAAUCAAGUCCGAACAUUUCCAAUUACGUUUUCAAUGGAAUAUGAUGAAAAAGAUGUAGAAAAAACAUCAAACUAUUCAUUACGUGUACGUAUUGUAGCUGAUGGUAAAACACGAUUUAUAACGAGCUCUAGUGUUCCUGUGCUUACAAAAGGUUAUGGUGAUAUGGUUGAAGUAAUGGUGGAAAAAAUUGAUUUAAUGUAG